AUGUCGCGAAGAUACAUUUUCCCAUUAUUGGAAUCAGAAGAGAUUUUGGAAUGCAUAGCAGGUUUGGGAAUUACUUUCAGUAAAAAAGAACUUGCUCAGCCAACUCCUCAAGCUGUUAUUUCCUUGUGUGAAGAAUUCCUUGACAUGUUUAUGGGGCUGACUAGUCAGGAUUUAGAAGACAAGGCGAAUUCGCUACAGGAAACAAUCGAAAAUUUUGAUAUUUUACGCGAAUCACUAAGAUUUAUGAUUUUCUAUAAAAUUACAAGUCAAUUUAUGCAAAGCAUAUGUGUUGAUGACUUUUCCGUUCAAGAUUUAUUAAAGCCCACUACCAAUCGGUUAAAACGAAUUCUCUCCGGUGUAAUUAAUUUUGCGAAACUCAGGGAACAACAGUUAUUAGUUUUUGAACCCGACAUCCAGAAACGAGAAAGUUUAAUUGAAAAUUAUUCCCUACUUAAUACCCAAAGGCAAACCCUUGAACAGGAAGUUUUGCUAAGCCAGGAAAAACGAGACCAAAAUCAAAUUAUUAUAAAACAGAAUGAAGGAAGAAAUGAUCAACUCUAUCAGAAUCUUUUGGAAAUAAAACGGAUCUGUUCGCAAACGAAAGCCGAAUACGAUCAAAUAAAACAGGAAGCACUUGAGUUGAAGGUAAAGCAUCUCGAAUUAGAAUCAUUAAUUUCAGAUACAUUACAAAUGACGGAGCAAUUACAAGCUUCUAUUGUGCAUUCCCCCGAAAAACUUCAAAUAAGGAUUUUGGAUAUGUCAGAUCGUGUCCAGUUGGAUCGUACACAGCAGUUUGAACUGGAUAAGAAAUCAAAGUAUCUUCAGUCAAAACUUAAUGAACUAUCUCUGACAGAAACGGAUAUGAAUGCUUGUGUGAAAAUACUAGAAGAAUGUUUGGUCGAAGUGGACAAGCUUGAGCACGCUUCAAACCUUCUAUCAUCAAAUCAGGAACUUUGUGAACAAGUCGAUAUCAAUAAAAGGAAACUAGAGUUUCGUAAGGAACAGCUUUUAAAGCAGUUAUCAAAUGCACAAGAAAAAUUGCAACACGAACAACAAUCCAGAAACCAAAAGUUAGAAACGGCAAAACAAAGGAUGGAUCAAAUCAAGGAAGAGUACCAAGAACUACUCCAAAUUAAAUCACAGAAAGCUCAAGAAGCCGACCACAAGCAAACAGUAAUUGAAAUGACAGAAAAGCAAAUGGCGGAUAUGAGAAGAGAACUAGAGUCACAAAGUUCCAUAAUUAGCAUCGAAUUUGAAAAGCUGAAAGCUCAUGUUGAGCUUUACAUCGCUGAGCUCUUGCAUACCAUUCGCCGUUCGCAAUAG